AUGGCUGCCUCCAAAUCCCAGUCGAUUCUGCAAUUUAUCGACUCGAAUCAGAUCGUCAUAUCAAGAAAUAUCUUAAUCUUUCUAUAUUGCGCUAAUUUCCUCAGCGCCCGCUACGCCCCCAAAAUCCAUGCUGUCACCGACCGCUUCUUCACGUUACAGAACAUGAUCGAUAAACAAGAUGGUGAAGCCAUCUACGACAUCGACAUCCACGACACAUACUUUGUCAUUCACUGGGUGGUUUUCCUCACCUUCUUGAGAGCAAAUUUAAUGACCUGGGUGUUUGAUCCGGUUGCAAAGAACUUGUGCAAUAUCCACUCAAGAAAAGCAAAGACGAGAUUCUCUGAGCAGAGCUGGUCUAUCUUCUACUACUGCUUCUCGUUUGCUGUAGGGUUGUACCUCUACAGAAACUCACCUUACUGGAACAAUCUUGACAACCUUUAUAGUGGAUGGCCUCAUUACUGCAUGACUUCUUUGUUCAAGAAGUACUAUCUCGUUUCCAUCGCCUUCUGGUUGCAGCAGGUUGUGGUGUUGAAUAUCGAGGAGAAGAGAAAAGAUCAUUACCAGAUGUUUAGUCAUCACAUCAUCACAUGUGCCUUAGUGAUCGGCUCCUAUUACUAUUACUUUACAAGAAUCGGCAAUUUGAUUUUGAUGAUCAUGGACUCCGUGGACAUUUUUUUGUCCACCGCUAAAGUCUUGAAGUACUCGGGUUUCUCGAACCUUUGUGAUGUUAUGUUCAUGUUGUUCCUUUUUGCUUGGAUUGCCUUACGUCAUGGUGUCUACAACUAUCUCUUCUACCAUGCUUGGAAGUACUCUACUGCUUUGAUGAAGGAUAGCGAGUGUAUUGUGGGACAAGUUCUGAAAAGAUGUUGGACGCCUUCCAUCAUCAACUCUUUUCUUGGGCUCUUGGGCGGCUUACAAAUUAUCACUUGCAUCUGGAUGUAUUUAAUCUUGAAAGUUGCUCACAAGGUUAUCAUGGGACACAGCGCAGAAGAUGUGAGAAGUGACGCAGAUGACACUGAUGUGGAGGAGUCACGGUCUGACGCUUCGGGAAACUCCGAUUCCCUGAUUGAAGAAGUGGAUGAGAAGGUUCUUUCUAAUGCCGAUUGA